UGGGCAUGGAAGUGACCAUGGUGCCUGGCUAAGGGCCUCGCUUUCCAGAGCCUUUGCGAGAAGAGCAGGACUUGGAGCGGCUCCGGGACCCAGCAGCUGCAGUCGCUGAGCUGGACUAUGUGUUCCAGGCCAUUACCCUCACUCGACAGCGGCUGGCUGGUCGGGUGCCACUGAUUGGCUUUGCUGGUGCCCCGUGGACUCUGAUGACGUACAUGAUUGAGGGUGGUGGCUCAAACACCAUGGCUCAGGCGAAGCGCUGGCUCUACCAGAGACCGCAGGCCAGUCACCAGCUGCUUCGUAUCCUCACUGAUACUAUAGUCCCUUACUUGGUGGGACAGGUGGCUGCCGGUGCCCAGGCAUUUCAGCUCUUUGAGUCCCACGCAGGGCAUCUUGGCCCACAGCUUUUCAGUACAUUUGCACUGCCCUACAUCAGUGAUGUGGCCAAGCGAGUGAAGGCCAAAGUGGAGGAGGUAGGCUUGGCACCAGUGCCCAUGAUCAUCUUUGCUAAGGAUGGACAUUUUGCCCUGGAGGAGCUGGCUCAAGCUGGCUCUGAUGUGGUUGGACUUGACUGGACAGUGUCUCCAAAGAAGGCCCCGGAGCGCGUGGGAAAAAGAGUGACACUGCAGGGCAACCUGGAUCCCUGUGCCCUGUAUGCACCCAAGGAGGAAAUCUGGCGACUGGUACAGAAGAUGCUGGAUGACUUUGGGUCCCAGGGCUACAUUGCCAACUUCGGCCAUUGGCUCUACCCUGACAUGGACCCGGAACACAUGGGGACCUUUGUGGAUGCUGUGCACAAGCACUCACGUCUUCUUCGAAAGAACUAAACUGGGACUGAAGCAAUAGCAUAUUGGUUAGAGCUUUCGCCUUGCAUGCAGGUCUGACCCGGGUUUGAUCCCCAAGCCUGCCAGGAGCAAUUUCUGAGCAGAGCCAGGAGUAACCUGAGCCCCGUUGGGUGUGGCUCAAGCAAAACAAGAUAAAAC